GGAGUGAUGACGUAAGGCCCCCGGGCUCCCGGCCUGUCAGUCAGCGCGGAGCUGGGUACGCGCCGGUGGGCCCGCUGGGCCGGCGCAGCCAUGGCGGCGGUGUUUGACCUGGACCUGGAGACAGAGGAAGGCAGCGAAGGCGAGGGCGAGCCAGAGCUCAGCCCCGCGGACGCGUGUCCUCUCGCGGAGUUGAGGGCGGCUGGCCUAGAGCCUGUGGGACACUAUGAGGAGGUGGAGCUGACUGAGAGCAGUGUGAACCCGGGCCCUGAGCGCAUCGGUCCCCACUGCUUUGAGCUGCUGCGUGUGCUGGGCAAGGGGAACUAUGGCAAGGUGUUCCAGGUGCGAAAGGUACAGGGCAGCAAUCUGGGCAAAAUAUAUGCCAUGAAAGUCCUGAGGAAGGCCAAAAUUGUGCGCAACGCCAAGGACACGGCACACACGAGGGCUGAGCGGAACAUUCUGGAGUCGGUGAAGCACCCCUUCAUUGUGGAACUGGCCUACGCCUUCCAGACUGGCGGCAAACUUUACCUCAUCCUUGAGUGCCUCAGCGGCGGUGAGCUUUUCACGCACCUGGAGCGGGAAGGCAUCUUCCUAGAAGACACGGCCUGUUUCUACCUGUCAGAGAUCACACUGGCCCUGGGCCAUCUCCACUCCCAAGGCAUCAUCUACCGGGACCUCAAACCUGAAAACAUCAUGCUCAACAGCCAGGGCCACAUCAAACUGACGGACUUCGGCCUCUGCAAGGAGUCGAUCCACGAGGGCGCCGUGACCCACACCUUCUGCGGCACCAUCGAGUACAUGGCCCCUGAGAUUCUGGUGCGCAGUGGCCACAACCGGGCGGUGGACUGGUGGAGCUUGGGGGCCCUGAUGUACGACAUGCUCACUGGAUCGCCGCCCUUCACUGCAGAGAAUCGGAAGAAAACCAUGGACAAGAUCAUCAGAGGGAAGCUGGAGCUGCCCCCCUACCUCACCCCGGACGCUCGGGAUCUUGUCAAAAAGUUUCUGAAGAGGAAUCCUAACCAGCGGAUUGGAGGGGGCCCCGGGGAUGCUGCUGAUGUGCAGAGGCACCCCUUCUUCCGGCACGUUAAUUGGGACGACCUCCUGGCCCGCCGUGUGGACCCCCCUUUCCGGCCUUCCCUGCAGUCAGAGGAGGAUGUGAGUCAGUUUGACUCCCACUUCACGAGGCAGACGCCGGUGGACAGUCCAGACGAUACGACGCUGAGUGAGAGUGCCAACCAGGCCUUCCUGGGCUUCACGUACGUGGCGCCCUCGGUCCUGGACAGCAUCAAGGAGGGCUUCUCCUUCCAGCCCAAGCUGCGCUCCCCCAGGCGCCUCAACAGCAGCCCCCGGACCCCCAUCAGGUACCGUGGGGGCGCGGCCGGCUCCAGCUGUGGCUGUGCCGCCAACCCCAGGGCCGCCCUGGCCGUCUCGUGA